AUGAAAUUCCUGCUCCGUGCCUCAACACUCGCCGGACAAUCGUUGCGAUUUGCUUCUCAACGACCCAAAGUGUUCUUCGACGUAUCAAUCGGAGAAGAACCAGCCGGACGUGUCACUUUCGAACUUUUCAGUGAUGUCGUGCCGAAGACCGCCGAGAAUUUCCGUGCUCUGUGCACCGGUGAGAAAGGUGUCGGAAAGAGUGGAGUUCCACUUCACUUCAAAGGAUCCAAGUUCCACAGAAUCAUUCCUGAAUUCAUGAUCCAGGGAGGAGACUUCACUCGUCACAACGGAACCGGUGGAGAAUCAAUCUAUGGAAUGAAGUUCAAGGAUGAGAACUUUGAUCUCAAGCACACCGGACCAGGAUGCUUGUCAAUGGCCAACGCUGGGCCGAACACCAACGGAUCGCAGUUCUUCAUUUGCACAGUUGACACCCCAUGGCUCGAUGGAGGGCACGUUGUCUUCGGUCAAGUCACCGAUGGAAUGUCUGUUGUGAAGAAGGUCGAGCAAAUUGGUUCCCGAUCCGGAACACCAACGAAGGUCGUCACUAUCUCUGAUUGCGGAGAGUUGAAGAGCGAAUGA